AUGCCUUCGGCGCCAGCAAUCUUGGGGAUCGAGGAUGAGGCGAUCGAAGAGGAUCCUCAGAACCAACACGUUCGGCUUCAAUUGGACCUUCCGCAAGAUGCCGAGAUCCUAUCUGUGCAGAUUCGGAUUAUUCACUUCACGUAUGAUGACGCCAGGCACAAGUGGAAGCAGCACCACCGCAUCUUCGAAACGCACACGCCUGAAGCUUCUGUCACGGUGACACGGCUCACAGCCGGAAGGUACUACUCCUUUCAAGCUGCAGUCGUGAAUGAAGUUGAUGAAG